UCGAGACUCAGCUCAAUUCCUGAGCCAACAUCCAGCCACCACUCCUGGAGCCACCGCAAUGUCUACUGCCGAUGCUCCUGCUGAGAUUCUUCAGCAGACCACCGCCUACCUCUCAGAAGUACUCUCACAAUCCGACCUCCGCCACCGCCUUUUCUCCACCUUCCUCCAAAAACUUCAACCCUCUGAAGAAGUCACUUUAAAACCUCUGAAACUAGCAUCUGAAACUCUUGAAAAUGCGCUCACCACUACUAACCCUUCCAUUAAAUCUUCGUCUCUCCGCCUUGCGGAAAAGCUUCUCUUAUCUUACCCCAAGAACUCAUUUUCUUCCUUCCUUUUAUCCCUUAUUUAUUCCCUCUUUAACCGUUCUGCGGAUGCUGCCAUUAGUCUUUUCGAUGUAUUCCAAAAUAACCCUUCAUUGACGAGAUUGGAGAUUGCACCUGUUCUGUUCGAGGAACUGUUUCUUAUUCAUUUUCUUCCUAUUCUUGAAUGGUACAAUGAGCAGAGGUCGCGAAUUUUGUCAAAUGUAUCGCAGAAUUUGGCUUCAGGUUAUGAUAGUGAUGAGCAAUCAGUGGUUGUGUCUCCGACAAGAUUAUUGAAGAAUAUGAGUCGCAAUCAGACAUUGGAAUUGAAAGACUUGGAGAGGGGUUAUGAGGAUAUUCUUGAUGAGAAUUGCAAGGUUUUUGCUGGGUAUUUUAGAGAGGUUUUGCAAAUCAAAGAUGGGAACCAAUUGAUUGAUCCACCCGUGGUGGUGCUACAAAUUGAUGAAACUGAGACACUUGAUUGCCAAGAAGAUGAUAAGUUGAAAAGAGAUCACAGCAUGAAAAACGGACGGUAUAAUCCAAUAUGGGCUGAAGGAGAUGAAUCAGUUGAGUUCAACAGCAGCAGCAGGGGAAAAAGCUUUUCCACAUUUCCAUCAUUUUAUCCUGAAAGAGUCUCUCCAAAUGUCCUCACAAAGCAAGGAUCAACAAGAAAAUCCAAAUCACCCAGAAAUUUCAACUUUGAUUCUGAGCUGGAGUCUUUCUCCAAUGACAACUUGAGCAAGUGUUACUUGUCAGGAUCUGAAACAGAAGAAGAGGAAAAUAUUGAAAAGGUGGCAUCGUUCAACUCUAGGGCCUCUAGGGAGAGCCAAACAAGGAAAGAAAAGCAGACAAAUAAUGCAGAAUCAAGUGGUCAUCCAGAUCCUCUCAUGGAAGACAUGGACAAUCAACCUGGUUCUGGGAAGCUUACACCCCCGAAGGACUUUGUCUGUCCCAUAACCACUCACGUUUUUUAUGAUCCAGUGACUCUUGAAACUGGUCAGACUUAUGAACGAAGAGCAAUCCAGGAGUGGAUUGAUAGAGGGAACUCUGCCUGCCCAAUAACACGUCAGAAGCUGCAAAGCACCAUGCUGCCCAAAACAAAUUAUGUGCUAAAACGUCUCAUUGCAAGUUGGCAAGAACUAAACUCUGAUACAGUUCCUGGACAAUCUGAAACUUUGCAGCCUCUAGAUGAACCAAAAUUUGUACCAGUGAUACGGUCUGCUUCUCCAAAUUGUGUCAUAAGCCAAGCUACCAUUGAGGGAAAACUUUCUGAGCUGCGUGUUGCAAUUACCAACCUUUGUACAUCAGAAGUACUGGAGGAUUCAGAAAUGGCAGUUCUGCUAAUUGAACAGUUCUGGCAGGAAUCGCAAAUCGAGAUGGAUGUUCAAAAUAUGAUGUCAAAACCUGCAGUAAUCAAUAGUUUUAUGGAGAUUCUUUUCAAUUCUGUUGAUCCCCGAGUCCUGAGUGCUACUGUUUUCCUCCUGUCUGAACUAGGAUUAAGAGAUAACAAUGUGAUCCAAACACUAACCAGAGUUGAUUCUGAUGUCGAAUGUAUUGCUUCUCUUUUCAAGAGAGGAUUGCUGGAGGCUGUUGUAUUGGUUUAUCUAUUAAGACCUUCUGCAGUUAGCCUUGUUGAAAUGGACAUAGUUGACCCUUUGUUAACCGUUCUUAAGACAAGAGAGGAGGAUUUACUGAAAAUGUGCAUGAAACAAAAAAAAGCUACUGUUUUACUGCUUGGUCAACUGCUGAAUAGUGGUGAGGAAGUACGGACAUCUGAAAUUGCUAGGGACUUGAUAUCUGAAAACGGAAUUGAGUACAUAAUGGGAAGCUUAGAUGCUGAAGUAAGAGAAGAAAAGAUUUCAGCUAUAGUCAUUUUGUUGAGGUGCAUGCUGGAGGAUGGAAAGUGCAGGAACAUGAUUGCUGAUAAAGCUGAAUUGUGUCCUAUUUUAGAGAGCUUGGUGGGGGCAAAUGAUGAAGACUUCUAUCAGAUAGUGCAGUUCCUAUCAGAAUUAGUCAAAUUGGAGAGAAGGACAUUUAAUGAACAGAUUCUGCAUAUCAUAAGGGAUGAAGGUACUUUUAGCACAAUGCACAUGCUUCUCAUCUAUCUACAGGCGGCUCCUCAGGAACAAUGCCCUGUUGUAGCUGGCCUUCUACUCCAACUUGAUCUCCUGGUCGAACCAAGAAAGAUGAGUAUAUAUCGAGAAGAGGCAAUAGAUGCUUUGAUUUCAUGCCUCAAGAAUCCUGAUUGUCGUUCUGCUCAAAUAGCUGCUGCUGAGACAAUUGUUUCUCUGCAAGGAAGAUUUUCCCAUGCAGGAAAAGCCCUGGCAAGGGAUUUCCUGCUUAAAUGUGCCAGAGUAAACAGAAAUAAAAGGAUGAAAAGAGAUCAACUUGGAAGCAUUCCUGAUGAGAUUCAAGAAAAUAUGGAGGAAGAUAAUUCUGCUGAGAAGUGGGAGAAAAAGAUGGCAUUUGUUCUAGUCACUCAUGAAUUUGGUAUAAUCUUUGAGGCCCUAGCAGAGGGCUUAAGAAGUAGAUAUGCAGAGCUAUCUUCAGCAUGUCUUGUAGCAGCUACAUGGCUUGUGCACAUGUUAUCCAUUCUUCCAGAUACAGGGGUACGAGGAGCAGCACGAGUAUGCUUGAUGAAGCGUUUUGUGUCAAUAUUCAAGUCUUCAAAGGAUAAUGAAGACAAAUUACUUUCCAUGCUUGCAUUAAACAGCUUCAUUUGUGAUUCCGAGGGACUUCAGGAUCUGGCUGCUCACAUGAAGGAUAUCUUGAAGGGCUUGAGAGAACUUAAAAAAUCUUCAGCAUUUGCAGUCCAAAUGCUAAAACUUUUGUCAGAGGAGCAUGAGUCCAGUGCUGAUAUGUGGAAUCAUAAAGAAUUACUUUCAGAAGAUUGUAGCAUAAAUGGAGAAGUUCUAUCAGUUAUCUGCUUCAAAGACAAAAUAUUCUCUGGUCAUUCUGAUGGUACAAUAAAGGUUUGGGCAAUGAAGAGUGGAAAUAUGGAUCUCGUCCAGGAAUCUCAGGAGCACACCAAAGCUGUUACUAGCCUUGCAAUACUGCAGUCAGUUGAGAGAUUGUACAGUGGUUCACUUGAUCGGACAGUGAGGGUAUGGGCCAUUGGCGGCAAGGUAAUGCACUGUGAACAAGUUCAUGAAAUGAAGGAUCACGUUAACAAUCUACUAGUUUCAAACAGUAUCUCAUGCUUCAUUCCUCAAGGAGCUGGCAUCAAGGUGCACUCUUGGAGUGGAGCGUCCAAAUCGCUAAAUCCACAGAAAUAUGCGAAGUGCUUAACCCUGGUGCAAGGAAAGUUGUAUUGUGGCUGUCAUGAUAAUAGCAUUCAGGAAAUUGAUCUUGCGACUGGGACAGUCAGCACUAUCCAAAGUGGCUCUAGAAAAUUACUAAGUAAAGCAAGCCCAGUACAUGCAUUGCAAGCAGAUGACGGGCUGCUGUAUUCAGCCAGUUCUCCCUUGGAUGGAGCUGCUGUGAAGAUAUGGAGCACUUCAAACUUAAGCGUUGUUGGGACGCUGCCAUCAACCUCCGAUGUGCGUUCAAUGGCUGUAAGCUCAGAUCUUAUCUAUCUGGGGUGCAAGGGAGGCCUAGUGGAAAUUUGGAGUAAAAAGAAGCUCAGUAAAGUAGAAACACUUCAAGCUGGUACAAAUGCUAAAGUUCUUUCCAUGGCGCUGACUAGAAAUGAAGACAUGUUGGUAAUUGGGACAUCUGAUGGCAAAGUGCAGGCAUGGCCCGCAUGGGAACUAAGCUGAAGGACAAUGCCGAUAAAUUGACAAAGUUUAGGAUGGCCAGAUAAAAGAGAUGGUUGAAGAGAGCUAAAAACCAAAGUAUAUUCUUUGUUACUUAAUUUGUUUUUUCUUUUCUUGUUGGCAAAUGAUUUACAUUCUUUCUAGAAUAAGAAACAUUUGAAACAGAGGUGGCCCUCUGAAUGUAUAUAUCUAGUUAGAAUCAAUUUGUACUAAUACCCUUUAUUAGACCAUGAACAAAGCUGUCUAUAUUUUGCCCUUGUAUC